AUGCCGACCAUAUCUCUCAAUGAAGUCGACAAUCGUGUUCAGGGCCGGCUUGCCCUAGUCACAGGAGCGAGUGGCGGGAUAGGCUCAGGCUGUGCCAAGGGUCUGGCAGCGGACGGCUGCGAUGUUGCCCUGCAUUACUCGUCUAGUAAAGAUAAAGCAGAGGCGCUGGCGUCGGAGCUCAAGGCGCAGUAUCCAACGCAGCUCUUUGCGACUAUUUCCGCAGACUUGACCUCGCGCGACGCUACGAGAGGUCUUGUGUCGAGCUUGUUGGCGCUGCCCGACGUCGCGGCCAAGCACAAGGCUGUCUCGAUCCUGGUGGCCAAUGCCGGCCUAGGGAGGCGCAUCCGCGACAUCCAAGAUAUUGAGGAGAUGGACUGGGACGACAUCAUGGAGGUGAAUGCGCGCAGCCAGUUUGUCGUCACCAAGGCGGCGCUCCAGGGCAUGCGGCAGCAGGGCUGGGGGCGCGUCAUUCUAGUGGGCAGCAUUGCGAGCCACGGCGGCGGCAUCAACGGCUGCCACUACGCCGCGUCCAAGGGCGCGCUCUGCUCCAUGGGAAAGAACCUGGCCACCGUGCUGGCUGCAGAGGGGAUCACAGUCAACAUUGUGUCGCCGGCCAUGAUUGGGGCGACAGGCAUGAUUCCCACGCCGAAAUCGCGCACCUGGACCAAGGGCACAGACAUCGACGCGCUCAAGGAGCAGGACCCCGGCCUAGGCAUUGCAGCGAGUGUGCCUAUUCAUCGGCUUGGGAUUCCGGAAGAGGUGGCCAGUGUUGUAUCGAUGUUCGCAAAGACGGGCUACUUAACUGGCCAGGAUAUCGUGCUUGGAGGCGGCUUGAAAUAG